AUGAUGGCGCGCUCAAUGGUGCGGAGGCUGGCCCUUCUGGCGCUCUGCCUGCUGGCAGACCAUGUCGUGGCAAGCCUUCUUGGCGCCGAAGCUUGGCCCGCCCCAGUGCUGUUCACUUAUAAAGCGCUCCGCAUGCUAGACCUGCAAGUCCACCAGAACAUUCUGUACCUUGUGUACGUGUACCUGCACGUAAGGCUGGGAGCUCUGUUGAUAGUUGACAAGCCGUAUCUCUUUCUCGCUCCAUGGUGGCAGCAUACUGCCUCUCUCCUUUUAUUUUUCUUCCUCCCCUUAUUCAGCAGCUUCAAUGAAAACGUUUGGCGCGUAGCGGUGAUGGCAGCGGGGAUCGUGUACAUUAGGAGCUAUAGCAAUCGCACCCGCUUUUUGACCACCUGGUUGGGUUUAAUAGGCUACCAACAGAUAGGUCCUCUUGACCCUGCUCUCCUUGGCACCCUCCUACUGCACUUGUGUGUCUACCACCUCAGGAAAACGGAGCCAGUCUUGAUGCUUCUUGCAAUCUAUGUCGGGGUCUCUUGGCUCGUCCAUCUUUUCGCCAAGGGUUUCUUCAGCACAGGCACCGAAUGGGGAGACAGGCUACUCAAGCAUCAUGCUGACACAAUCUGGAGCACGGUAACAUAUUUCCGGUUGUUUUUCGAUACGGCAUACGCGCUUAUGGGCAUCUUUUGCGGUUGGCCUAGCACCCGCACCUGGAUUGCAAAGAGAGUGGAGCAAGAGACCCGGAAAGCCGCUGCAUAUCAACUGGACUGCUACAUUCGCGCCGACAAGACCAGGCAGCCCCCUUACUUCGACCAGAACACCAAAGACACCCUAGACUUGGAGGUUCUUUGCGCUCGAUGCAUCCCUCUCGAAUCCGAAAAGCGCACCGUCAGAGAAUUCUUGAUCUCCGCCGCUUCCCGGGGUGCAUUCAUCAGUGGUACCCGCACGUUCAUUGACAGCGAGACGGCACGAGAGUUGUUGGCGCAUCUGAGCUUUGUCGAGAGGCAAGAUGGAGAUUCGGCGGGGCGCUCUAAUCUCGCGCAAGAGUUCCUACGAAUAUGUCGGCAUACGGUUGCAGAGCUACAGGUGCACGAUUUGGAGGUGGGUCUUGGAGGCCUGGCGAAUCUAGUGGGAGGGGACCCAGUCACGGGAUCCCUCUUGCGGAACGAGCGCCUGUUCUCCAUCCUCGGCGGUGUCAUAGACCCUUCGGCCGUUCUUGCGACCAGCUUCGUCAAGAAGGCUGCAAAGGAAAUGCAAUACAUCGAGGAACAUUUUGAACGGAGUGACCCCGGUUAUGCAGAAGGGGACCUUCCCAAGAAACGCAGAGAAGUCAGGGGGCCAACAAACUCGGGGACCCAACAGAACUCCCAGAACAGAGCCCCCCCGCACUGA